AUGUACGGUGCACCAUGCAUAUUGCAAUCGGAUAAUGGUCGUGAAUUUGUUAAUGAAAUUGUUGAAGAAGUAAAAGAAUUAUGGCCAGGUUUGAAAAUAUGUCAUGGAAGACCUCGACAUCCACAAAGUCAAGGAAGCAUGAAAAAAGCAAACGAUGAUGUCGAACGAAAACUGGCCAUUUGGAUGAAACAAAAUAAAACGAGUAAACGGUCAGCUGGGUCGCCGUUUGUAAUGCACCAGAAAAAUACCAGUCAUCACAGCGGUAUUAAUACAACCCCAUUUAGUGUAAUGUUUGGCUGUGCACCAAAACUUGGUCUUUCAUCUCUCCCUUUACCAUCAGCAACAAUUAAUCGAUUGACAAAAGAAGAACAGUUGCUUACUUUAAUUGGGCAAUAUGGUAUUAAUCCAAGCGGUGAUACUGAUUCAAGCGGUGUGCCCGGCGUUGAUAAUAAUGCCGAUGAUGAUAUGGAAGUUGAAAAUAAUAAUAAUGAUGAGCAUGAUAGUAUUUGUCAUAGACCGAAACAGGUCGGGUUGAGUCCGGUCGGAUCGGGUUCGGGCCGCCGUAAAAGGUUUUAG